AUAGAAAUCAGUUGUCCUGAGAGUUGAAGCGUUUGACAAUUUCUGCCUGAUACUUGGUCGUUGAAGGAGAAUAACCGACCAUGCCAGGAAAGAGGAAGAAGAAAAGGCGACUUCGCUGUUGUGCUCAAGAAUUUGUUGAUGGCACAAAUGUAUACACGCCUCCAGACUGCAUGGAAGUAUUGGCGACUAAGUACAAGGACAAGUGUAAAGUAGAAUCGAGUACAGAGUCUGAAUCAGAUGCUUACAUUACUGAGGUUUGGAACCGAAGUUUACCUACUUCCACAAAGGUUCAUGAUACAGUAAACCAAUAUUUGGAUCCAUAUGAUGGAGAUUUGGAGAGCACUUCAAGUGAAUCAGAUAGUGGUAGACAAUGUCUGCAAGUUGUCUGCUCUGAAAGGACAAGCUAUCUAUCCCAUGCUAUUGUGGCAGUAAAACCAUACAAACAAUCCUUGUUGACAACCUUUCCACCUGCACGCAGUUAUACAGAGUUAAAUUCCACACAAAUGGAAACGGUGGCUACUGGUAGUACAUUUCCACAAUCUUCAAGGGAAUCGGAAGUACUUUCUAACAGCGUGCAUGAACUGACAUUUGCAACAAAUACUUGUGUGGCAGAUCCUGGACAGAAGCAGUUUGGAUCAUUGGAGUUGGAUGUACUGACUGGAUCAUCCUCUCUCAAUUUGGAUGUUGAAAGGGAUCACAGACUCAUGAACAUGCUUGUUCUUCAAGACCCUGGGAAACAUGAUCCCAGCCACCAAAACAUCCACUUCGGCUCAGAACAACUUUUAAAGGCUGCUCAGGAACCUUUUCUUGAAGAAAAGGUGUCAUCAAAAAGAAAGCUUGGCAACCCUUCAAUUGAAGCAAGCAAUGACCGGAUCAGCAAAAAGAAAAGUCGUAUGAUAAAAACAGAGGUAAGCAAUUUUGUACUGAAGUGGUCUGUUUAGAAAUGCUUCAACCGUAAUGUUAUCUGAACUGCAUAUAAACUGUAUUUAAAAUUUUGCCAAGAUGUUGCUGGGCUAUGCAAUCCUUUUCCAUGUCAGACUUCCAGUUUUGGCUUGUGUAGCCAAUGAGAUUCUGAAUAAGACUGCAAUCAUUCUGCCACAGUAACACUGCUGGGGCCUAAUAAGUAAUUUGUUUUCUCUUGUUGAUGUUUGUUUGCCAGGGUAAAGUUCUGUGGGUGAGGACAACUUUGUAAUCUCUCUCCCAAGUUGCCAGUCUUGUGAAUGCGAGUGAAUUGUGGAAAAGUGAUUAAUAGUGUUACAAAGUCCCUUUUAUUUCUACUAAAGUGAAAGCUGACUCUUGAUAAUAUAAACUUUGUAAAAUACAAAAGCAAUAGGUAAUUUAGCUAUUUUUGGGAUAGUUCUGAUAUUGAAGUACUGAUAACAUGAAGGUAUUCUGAUGGAUGUUUAUUUUUAACAGUCUGAGCAAUUCCCACGUAGCUGCACACAUUGCCCAAGUUCACACUGAAGUGGUGACCCCCCUUCAAUAAUCAAUUUUAGCUGUUACAAACUCCUGGCUUCCUAGUGAUCUCUGAGGAGUUGACCAAAUAGUAUGUUAUCUUGGUAAAGUUUGGGCCAGACCACACUAAAAGGUGCAGGUUUCCUUUUCCUGAAGGAUUUUAGAUAGCACCCAAACUAAUUGUACUCUAAAAGUCUCAUUCAGAAAUUGUGUACAUAAUUUAAACUAUGCAACAUGUUUGAAGUUUACUGGAAUCUGUUGUUGCUCUGAGUUUGAUUUCAACAUUAUUAGUCAUUUUGGUUAUUAGAGGAGGAGAAACCUGCUGCUUUCUAAUUCAGAGCUCACGUGUAUCUCUGACUAAAUGGAUAUUCUUCAGAUGCUCUGGUUUCCUCCAACAUCUCAUAGACAUGCAGGCUGGUGGGUUAAUUGGCCACUGUAAAUUACCACUCACUUACACAGACUUGGAGUUGAGGAGAAUAAAAAUGGGAUUAAUGUAGGAUCAGUGGAAAUGGGUAGUUGAUGGCCAGUGCAGGCUUGGUGGGCCGUAAGGCCUGUUUCUAUGUACCAUUGUUGCCAAAGUUUCGCUUUGAGAUGGAGGAUACAAUCCUUUAAUGUCAAAUGCUAAAUUAUCAAUCACAGGCUAUAUGUGAUUCC